AUGUCUGUAAGUGGGAAGAAGGUCCUAGUGACAGGCGGCAGCUCUGGUAUCGGCCGUGAGACUGUUAAGACCUUUGCUGCUGCUGGCGCGGCCUCUAUCGCAGUCAUCGCCCGUCGGCAGGACUUACUCAACGAAACAAAGAAGAUCGUCAAUAACGAAUUCAAGGAUGUCGGAAUCACGCUACACUCGGUGGACAUAACCAAUGUCGAGCAAGUUAGGACAGCAGCGCAGAAGAUUGGGCCUUGGGAUAUCAGGGUCUUGAACGCCGGAUAUAUGUCGACGCCUGCUCGGAUCGAGGACGACGACCUUGAGGAGUGGUGGAGGGGCUUUGAGAUCAGUAUUAACGGCCAGUUCAUGAUCGCGCAAGCAUUUAUGCCAUCGCGCAAUGAAGGGGCCAAGGUAAUCGGGACGAGCACCAGCGCGAUCUCGAUGGACGCAUCUUUGCAGACCUCCUACUCCUCGUAUGUGACGUCGAAGUUUGGAUUGGUGAAGUUCUAUGAGGUCUUAGCCGCGAAAUAUCCAGACACUCACGUUGUCACGUUUCACCCUGGCAUCGUGGAGACAGACAUGUUCGUCAAGUCUGAGAUGACUGGUAUGCCAAUGGACAAAGCUACUCUGCCUUCGCACUUUGCCGUCUGGCUCGUAAGCCUUGAGGCCGCCUUCCCGCGCGGGAAAUUUGUCUCGACGAACUGGGAUGUCAAUGAGUUGAAAGUAAGGGCCAAGGAGAUACAAGACUCGUCUAUACUGACGAGCAACAUUCUUGGUUGGCCGUUUAAGCCCUAG